CUUUAUUCAUUCAUAUACAUUUCUAAAGAUGCCCACUACUGUUGAUCAUAAAGAAGCUCGUCCCGAGAAGAAGGAGAGAAAGGAGAAGAAGGAGAAGAAGGAAAAGUCUUCUCGCAAGAGAGAAAGAGAAGAGAAGACAGUUACCGAGGAAGCUACUGUUACUGAAGAAGUUGUCGUUGAAGAAGUUACUAAGGAAGUCGUUGAGAUCUCUACUCCCUCUUUUGCUGAAACUGCUGAAGCCGCCAACAAGAAGCGUAAGAUCAUUGAAGAGAUUGACAUGACCGGUAAGGACAUUCCUGAGAACUUGCGUCUCGCCAAUUUCCGUAUCUCUCAAGGUACCAUUGACAACUUGGAGGCCAAGGGUAUCAAGUCCCUUUUCGAGAUUCAAGCUGCCACCUUCGAUCUUAUCUUCAACGGUAAUGAUGUUUUAGCCCGUGCUCGUACUGGUACUGGUAAAACUCUUGCCUUUGCUUUGCCCGUCAUUGAAAAGUUGGCCCUCGAUACCGAAUAUAAGGAACGUCGUGGUAGAUCUCCCCGUGUGCUCGUUCUCUGUCCCACUCGUGAUUUAGCCAAGCAAGUCUGUGGUGAUUUCGAACAAUUAUCCGGUAACAGACUCAAGACCUUACCUGUUUAUGGUGGUGUUCCUUACAAUGAGCAAACCUCCGUCUUCCGUGAUGGUGUCGAUGUUGUCGUUGGUACUCCCGGUCGUAUUCUCGAUCAUAUCAAGUUCGGUAACAUGAAGUUGCAAGACCUCAAGUUCAUUAUUCUUGAUGAAGCUGAUGAAAUGUUGGAUGCUCGUGGUUUCGAGGAAGAUAUGUUCAACUUGUUAUCUUCUAUUCAAGAACAAAAGGCUACCCGUGAUUAUCAAACUUUGUUGUUCUCUGCUACUGUCCCUGAAUCUGUCAUGGAGACUAUCAAGCGUUUCCUCAAGGAAGAUUAUGAACGUAUCGAUUUAAUCGGUAAUGCCAAGAACAGAACCAAUACCAACAUUCGUCAUAUUGCUAUGCCUUCUUCUUACCAUACCCGUGCUGAUAUCAUUGGUGAUGUCGUUAAUGUUUACGGUCGUAGUGGUUUGACUGUUAUUUUUUGUGCCACUAAAGCCGAUGCCAAUGAAUUGGGUGCCCAUGACAAAAUUAAGCAAGAUGCCGCUGUUUUACAUGGUGAUAUUGCCCAAUCCUCUCGUGAAUCUACCAUGAAGGCUUUCCGUGAAGGUAAAUACAAGUGUAUUGUCUGUACCGAUGUCCUUGCUCGUGGUUUAGAUAUUCCCCAAGUUGAUUUGGUCAUCAACUGUCAACCUCCUAAGGACCCUGAGUCUUAUGUCCAUCGUUCUGGUCGUACUGGUCGUGCUGGUCGCUCCGGUGUCUGUGUUACUUUCUUCAAGCCUAUGGAAGAAGGUCUCUUGUCCUAUAUCUCUAAGCGUACCGGUGUUCAAUUCGAACAAUUAUCCGCUCCCCGUCCUGAAGAUAUUAUUGAAGCCACUACCGAUGAUGCUUUCAAGUCUAUCGAUUCAGUCAAGCCCGAAGUUUUGCCUUUCUUUGCCGAAUCUGCCAGACAAUUGAUCGCUAAGCAUGGUGCUGAAAACUCUGUUGCUGCCGCUCUUGCUUUCAUGACUGGUUAUCAUCAAGGUGUUCCCUCUCGUUCUCUUUUGACCUCUCAAGAAGGACAAACUACCCUCAUGAUGCAAUUAUCUUACACUAUCCAACAUCCCGGUUAUGUUCGUAACAUCUUGACUCGUGAAUACUCCGAAAUUGGUUACGAUGAAGUUAAGAGCAUGCGUAUGACUCAAGACUCCAUGGGUGUUGUCUUUGAUAUCAACUGUGAUAAGGUCGAGAUUAAGGAAGACGGCAGUAUUCUUUUAGCCGGUAAGCCUUGGACUACUCAAAACAUCACUCUUAGUGCUCCCACAACUUUGCCUGCUCUUCAAGAACGUGAAAACAGAGGUGGUCGUAGCGCUUAUAGCGGUGGUGGAGGCUAUGGCGGUGGUCGUGGCGGUGGACGCGGCGGUUAUGGUGGAGGCUAUGGCGGUGGCCGUGGCGGUGGAGGAGGCGGUUACGGUGGAGGCCGUGGCGGUGGAGGAGGAGGAUAUGGUGGAGGCCGUGGCGGUGGAGGAGGAGGUCGCGGUGGUGGAAGAGGUGGUUACGGUGGUGGACGUGGUGGUUAUUAA